CUGUCUGCGCCACGUUCUUCACGCGCUGGGCAGCGAGCCGGCAGAUCCUCCAUGCUUCGCCCGCCGCUGCGCCUCCGACCUCUCCUCCUCCUCCCCGCCCAGCCGGUACCGCCGCCGCUGCUUCCCGCCGAAUAAUCCAUAAUAAAAGUAGCCCCCGAUAAAACGGGCCGGCCGCCUCCCUCGGCCCCGACCCGCACGCCACGCGGGACUCACCCACCCACCCUCUUCCUCCCCCUCCCUCCCAUCUUCCUCCCUAGGAUGCGCGCCUCCCCCCGCCUCCUCCGGCCGGAACCCUAGCCAGGCGUGCAGGCGCGCAGCAGGCGGGGCCCCCGCGCCGCGCCGAUGGGGAGGCCGGGGUACCUGACGCUGCCCAUCUUCGCGGUGCUCGCCGCGAUCGGCUACGUCUACUACACCACGGUCUUCGUCGCCGUCGCCGGCUGGCUCGGCCUCGCCACGGCCGCCGGGGUCGCCAACGCCGCCGCCUUCACGGCCCUCGCCGCCGCCUGCCUCGCCACCUACGCCGCCGCCGUCUCCCGGGACCCCGGCCGGGUGCCGCCCGCCUUCCUGCCCGACGUCGAGGGCGCCGACACCCCCGUCCACGAGGUCAAGCGCAAGGGUGGUGAUUUGAGAUAUUGCCAGAAAUGUAGCCACUAUAAGCCCCCACGCGCACACCAUUGCCGUGUGUGCAAGAGAUGUGUUCUGAAAAUGGACCAUCACUGUAUUUGGAUUAAUAACUGUGUUGGGCACGAGAACUACAAGAUAUUCUUGGUCUUUGUAUUGUAUGCUGUAAUUGCAAGCUUCUAUUCAAUGAUUCUAAUUGUAGGGAGCGUCAUUUACAGUGCUCCGAAAGAUGAACAGUUAAGCAGUGAUUCUUCUAGAACAUUGAUUAUUAUUUGUGGGAUCAUUCUUUGUCCAUUAACUCUGGCGCUGUCAGUGCUCCUGGGCUGGCAUAUCCACCUCAUAUUACAGAAUAAAACUACAAUUGAGUACCAUGAAGGAGUUAGAGCAAUGUGGUUGGCAGAAAAGGGUGGAGACCUUUAUCAUCAUCCAUAUGACCUUGGUGUCUAUGAGAAUCUUAUUUCGGUGCUUGGGCGUAGCAUAUUCUGCUGGCUCUGCCCAGUAUCAGUCAAUACAGGCAAUGGCCUACGGUUCCGUGCAUCGUAUGAUAUUUUACCAUCUACACCACCAUGUGAUUUACAAAAGAUAGCAUUACAUUCACAUUGAGGUACAUAGGUUGCUAAUAUGAGAAAGGGGAUUGAUAUUCCUAUUCAAGUGCCCAAAGUGUACCAUUUCUGAGCCAUUCUGGAUACUUCUUAAAACCCUCAAAUUUAAGAUAUGAGAAAGGAUACCUGCGGAUCCAGAAGUAUUUCUUCCUCUCCAGGGUUUUGUUUUGAGAUGGUCGUAUUUCUGGUGAGGAAGAUGACUGCUGCCUCAGCUCAUAAUCGGCUGUGUUUGUACACAAAAAGUCUAACCCUUAUGUUGUAAAGUAAAUGUACAUGCUGUGUUCGGAAGCGAAAGCACAUCAAAGCAAAUUUUGCUGA